AUGUCUACCUUCACUUUUGUAUUCGUCUGCAUCCAAGUUCUCUUGGUUCAGAAUGCAUACAGCGCUGUACUAGGCCGUGGUUGUGGCUAUGGGGCUGGUAUUGGUCUGGGGUAUGGCGGUCUGGGGUAUGGCGGUCUGGGGUAUGGCGGUCUAGGGUAUGGCGGUCUGGGGUAUGGCGGUCUGGGGUAUGGCGGUCUCGGAUAUGGCGGUCUCGGAUAUGAAGGUCUCGGAUACGGCGGUCUCGGGUACGGCGGUCUCGAGUAUGGUGGUCUCGGUUGUGGUGAGGCUUAUGGUGGAGAGGGUGUGGGCAAUGUGGGCGUGGCUGGUGAAAUGAUGGUCGCUGGUACAACUGAGGUCGCUGGUCAAGUGCCGAUCAUUGGUGCUGUUGAGUUCGGUGGUCGUGUGCCAGCCGGCGGCUCUGUUACCAUCACAGGCAGAUGUGCCGGCGGUUGCGGAUGCGGUGGUUACCGUUAUUGA